AGAGCCCUCCCUGCCAGUCUGGCAGCUCCAGCAAAGUGCUCAGAGCUCAUCCCACACACUYGGUGCUAGUCACUGCCGAGUGUUUACAUGAGUAAUGGAGCUGCCGGGGGAGGGGAGUUGUAAGCAGAGACCGAGCCUCGCGGGGAACAUUCACAGGGAGGCUGACACACACGGAGUAGAGACUUCAGGGAUGUGGCCGGGGAGCAGUCACAUGCUGUAGCUUUCAUGAACACAGACAUCAAUCAGGCAGAUGUUUGUCGACUGGAAUGGCGCCAAAUCUUAAAGGCAGACCACGCAAAAAGAAACCGUGCCCACAAAGAAGAGAUUCAUUCAGUGGAGCUAAGGAUUCCAACAAUAAUUCCGAUGGUAAAGCUGUUGCCAAGGUGAAAUGUGAGGCCAGAUCAGCCUUGACCAAGCCGAAGAAUAACCAUAAUAAUUGUAAAAAAGUCUCCAAUGAAGAAAAACCAAAGCUGGCCAUUGGUGAAGAGUGCAGGGCAGAUGAACAGGCCUUCUUGGUGGCACUUUAUAAGUACAUGAAAGAAAGGAAAACGCCAAUAGAACGAAUACCCUAUUUAGGUUUUAAACAGAUUAACCUUUGGACUAUGUUUCAAGCUGCUCAAAAACUGGGAGGAUAUGAAACAAUAACAGCCCGCCGUCAGUGGAAACAUAUUUAUGAUGAAUUAGGCGGUAAUCCUGGGAGCACCAGCGCUGCCACUUGCACCCGCAGACAUUAUGAAAGAUUAAUCCUGCCAUAUGAAAGGUUUAUUAAAGGAGAGGAAGAUAAGCCCUUGCCUCCAAUCAAACCUCGAAAACAGGAGAACAGUGCACAGGAAAAUGAAAAUAAAACAAAAGUAUCAGGAGCCAAGCGCAUCAAACAUGAAAUACCUAAGAGCAAAAAAGAAAAAGAGAAUGCUCCAAAGCCCCAGGAUGCAGCGGAGGUUUCAUCAGAGCAAGAGAAAGAACAAGAGACUUUAAACCAGAAAAGCAUCACAGAGCCUCUCCCAGCAGCUGACUUGAAGAAAAAAGCGGAAGGGUACCAGGAUUUUACAGCAAGGUCCCUGGCAUCCAGAACAGACCCAGAAAACGACAAUGAAACGGACCAAGGUUCCAACAGUGAGAAAGAGGCGGAGGAGGUGGGAGAGAAGGGACCGGCAGCUCCGCUCCCGAGCACACCCGUGGCUCCUGAAAGGGAUCCGGUCCCAAUCCCUGGGGCUGGCAAGCAGUCCCUCACCUCUCCUAAUGUCCUGGUGGACUCAAAGCCAGAAUCCAAACCCUGCUGUUUUACAGAGAACCCUGACAGUGACCUCCAAGAAGCAUCUUUUGCCAGUUUCCCCUCUACUCAGCCACCACUGGCCAACCAGAAUGACAUCGAGGAUGACAAACUACCCGCCAUGGCUGAUUACAUCGCCAACUGCACUGUGAAGGUGGACCAGCUGGGCAGUGACGACAUCCACAAUGCACUAAAGCAGACCCCCAAGGUCCUUGUGGUCCAGUCAUUUGACAUGUUCAAGGACAAAGACCUGACUGGACCCAUGAAUGAGAACCAUGGACUUAAUUACACACCCCUGCUCUACUCUCGGGGCAACCCGGGCAUCAUGUCCCCACUGGCCAAGAAAAAGCUUUUGUCCCAAGUGAGUGGGGCCAGCCUCUCCAGCAGCUACCCCUAUGGCUCCCCACCCCCUUUGAUCAGCAAAAAGAAAUUGAUAGCCAGGGAUGAUUUGUGUUCUGGUUUGUCCCAGGCCCACCACAGUCAGAGCGCCGACCACAUGGCGGUCAGCCGGCCAUCGGUGAUUCAGCAUGUCCAGAGUUUCAAAAGCAAGCCCUCGGAGGACAGAAAGAGCAUCAAUGACAUUUUUAAGCAUGACAAGCUGAGUCGAUCAGAUGCCCACCGCUGCAGCUUCUCCAAGCAUCACCUGAACUCCUUGGCUGACUCCUAUGUCCUGAAGCAAGAAAUUCAGGAGGGCAAGGAUAAACUCUUAGAGAAGAGGGCACUCCCCCAUUCCCACAUGCCCAGCUUCCUGGCAGAUUUCUACUCAUCCCCACAUCUCCAUAGCCUCUAUCGACACACCGAACACCAUCUUCAUAAUGAACAGACACCCAAGUAUCUUUCUAGAGACAUGUACAGGGAAUCGGAAAACAGUUCUUUCCCUUCCCACAAACAUCAAGAAAAGCUCCAUGUAAAUUAUCUGGCAUCUUUGCAUCUGCAAGACAAAAAGUUGGCCUCAGAAAAGUUGGCCGCUGCAGAAGCCCCUACGGAUGAUCAACCAACGGAUCUGAGCCUUCCCAAGAACCCACAUAAACCAACCGGCAAGGUCCUGGGCCUGGCCCACUCAGCCACAGGGCCGCAGGAGAACAAAGGAAUCUCCCAGUUCCAGGUCGUCAGCAGCCAGAGUCGAGACUGCCACCCCAAAGCCUGUCGGGUAUCGCCCAUGACCAUGUCGGCCCCUAAAAAGUACCCAGAGUCACUCUCGAGAUCGGGGAAACCUCACCACGUGAGACUGGAGAAUUUCAGAAAGAUGGAAGGCAUGGUCCAUCCUAUCCUGCACCGGAAAAUGAGCCCCCAGAACAUUGGUGCAGCACGUCCCAUCAAGCGCAGCCUGGAGGAUUUGGACCUGGUGAUUGCUGGGAAAAAGGCCCGGGCAGUGUCUCCCCUGGACCCGUCCAAGGAGGUCUCUGGGAAAGAGAAGGCCUCCGAGCAGGAGAGUGAAGGAGGCAAGGCAGCCUAUGGUGGUGGUGGGCAUUCCGGGGGCGGAUCCGAGGGCCACAAGCUUCCCCUCUCCUCCCCUAUCUUCCCAGGUUUGUAUUCGGGGAGCCUGUGUAACUCGGGCCUCAACUCCAGGCUCCCAGCUGGGUAUUCUCAUUCUCUGCAGUACUUGAAAAACCAAACUGUGCUUUCUCCACUCAUGCAGCCCUUGGCUUUCCACUCGCUGGUGAUGCAGAGGGGAAUUUUUACAUCACCGACAAAUUCUCAGCAGCUGUACAGACACUUGGCUGCGGCCACACCUGUAGGAAGUUCGUACGGGGACCUUUUGCACAACAGCAUUUACCCUUUAGCUGCUAUAAAUCCUCAAGCUGCCUUUCCAUCUUCCCAGCUGUCGUCCGUACACCCCAGUACAAAACUGUAAGCCCGGCUCUGCCUAGCAUCCCCAAAUGGGGUGGCUAUCAGAGGCUCACUCCCUACCCAGGGGUGAUGGCUUAUAGAGUUAGAAGUCAGUAUUCCUUCUAAUCUGGGGGUACGAUUCGUCCCAGCCAUAGAGGCCGAGAGAGGGAGGUGAACAGGCCUGAUUUUUCUGGGACAACUCCAGCCUUGGCUGGUCGGUCUUGAUCCCCUUGCAAUGYGCAUGCCCCCGGCGCCUCCAGAUCAUUCACUUUGCUGAUGGGUCUUGUGAAGGGAUUGAUGUAUAUCCAGGAAGAACUUAGAGGACCCCAUCUGAGUUUGGAUGGUUGGGAAACAAUCUGUGCAAAAAUGGGGGCAGGCUUUUCAAAGAAAGGGGCAAGAGAGACUGGCACACAUAGCCAAGGAAUGCCCCUUUUUUCAAAAAAACUCUCCAACGUUCAAUCAAUGCAAUGUAUAGUGAAACUUCAGUAGAUCUUUCAUUUUGACACUAUUAAACAAUCCAGAGAAGUAAACACUGUUAAAUUGACUGUAUAUAUUUGCUUCUUAAAACUACCCGUAUCACUGUUUGCUCACCUAAUUUAUAUACAGGUAGUUCCAUUUUUCUCCCGGUUCCUUCAUGUCCCUAUAUAUAUAUAUAUUUUUUAAUUAAACAGUUUUGCUUUUGUUUGCAGGUCUUUUGUUUUUUUGUUUUUGUUUUAAGGCUGACUGACUGUCCUUGUUGUUGAUGUGUGUUUGUAAUUUUUCCACAUCUUAUCAUUUUGAGCAGCUUUGGGUGGUAAAGUUAUUGUUUACAUAUUGAAGCAACUGAUUCUAGUGGAACAAAUGAAAAAA